GUUCCCAAACAAAUAUCCACGCGUCGUGGUUAAUUAUGUUGAUCAUCAUCGACCUCAUCGAACUAAAAAAACAAUAUCACUUCUUUGAUUCCCCUCCUGUUAUCAUCAUUCAUAUCUCUCUCUCUCUCUCUCUCUCUCUCCGCCGGCCGGCCGCCGUUCUCCACCUUUGAUUCAUUUUCCGGCGACUAACUUCCACGUUACUCCUGUUUAAACCCUAAUCCUAUCCUCACAGGAUGGUAGCUCUUUCAAAUUCUUUGCUCUUACCAACAAAUCCUUUUGGCUCUAGUUUGAAGUCAGCAGACCAAAGUGUCAGUGGCACCACCAAGUUGGCCUUCAGCCCAAGGAGUAGAGGAAAAUCAUCCUCAUCUAGAAGUUCAUUGACCGUUCAAGCAGGAUAUAGUGAUGGUGGAAGGCCAGGCAAUACCAGAAUCUUUGUUGGUGGCUUUCUAUUAGGAGGAGUAAUCAUUGGUGCACUUGGUUGUAUCUAUGCGCCUCAGAUUAGCAAGGCAUUAGCUGAAACAGAUAAGAAGGACCUCAUGAGAAAAUUGCCCAAAUUUAUAUAUGAUGAAGAAAAAGCAUUGGAGAAACAGCGCAAGAUACUAACGGAGAAGAUUGUCCAGCUGAAUGACGCUAUUGAUGACAUUUCCAACCAGUUGAGGUCAGGAGACACACAAAAUGGAGUUGCUGUGAACCUAGAUGAAGUUGAAACAAUUAUAUAAGAACACUUCUAUUUGUUUCAUGUAGAGAUCAACUUUCGGAAGACAUUGAGCAUAUUCUAAGAGCACUCCUGGUUGCAGUUUUAGUAUAUCAUUAGUGUUGCUAUGAAUGUGCAAACUGAGGAAUAAAAUGUGAUUCUCUGCUAUGUUUUUGUUCUGUACCAGAAGCUUCAAACUCUAAUGUACAUGUUUGUAAUCCGUUUAAUCUCACUGUCUUGGUUUGGUCGUGCAAGUUCCAUAGUGAAAUGAAUUGUGAGUUGAAUGUUCUUUU